AUGGCUGAAUCGAAGAACGUUGCCUUGGUCUUUGGGGCCAGUGGUAUCUCUGGCUGGGCCGUCACCAAUUGCGCUCUCUCUUACCCCACACCUACCACCUUUAACAGAGUGAUUGGCUUGACAAACAAGCCUCUACCUUUGGAGAAAAGUGGUUUACCGGGUGAUGCUCGACUGGAGUUGCACAGCGGCGUGAAUCUGCGAGGGGCUCUUGACGAGGUGGUUGCCCGAUUGCAAGAGAAGGUCCCCAACCUAGAAGCAGUCACCCACGUGUAUUAUCUUGCCUACUCCAAUGCGACUGCAUGGUCGAUGGAUGUGAUGGCAAUCCGAGAUAUCAACGUGAAAAUGACAUAUAACGCCGUGCACGCCGUCGAUAAGCUGUGCAAGAAUCUGAAGUUCUUUGUGCUUCAAACUGGAACAAACGUAUUUACUGUCCAAAUAACACUCAGCGUCUCUGUCUUCCGCUUCCAGGAACACAUCGAGAUCAGCCCUCCCUUGCGCGAGGAUAACCCGCGCAUUCCUUCGCCCUGGGGCGACGAGAUCUUCUACUAUGCGCAGGUCGAUCUGGUCAAGGAAGCCAACAAGGGAAAGUCCUGGAAAUGGUGCGAAGUCCGACCGGAUCAGAUUGUAGGCCACGUCCCGAUCCCCACCAGCAUGACCUACGUCGAGCCCCUCGCCCUCUACCUGAUGCUAUACCGUUACGUGAACGGCCCCGGAGCCACACCCGUCUAUCCCGGCUCCUACGCGAACUACAUCCACUCGCAUACGCCCUCGUCGCAGGAUAUCAUCGCCCGCUCAGAGCUCUACCUUUCGCUCGAGAAGCCGGACCAGGCGCACGGAGAGGCCUUCAACACGGCCGACAACGCCGCACCCGCACCGUUCUCUAUCGUCUGGCCCAAGAUGUGCGAAUACUUCGGUCUGACUGCUCAGGCUCCCACUCCCGAGGUCAAGGGCUGGACGGACACUGACAAAUGGUGGAUCGCGCACCAGGACGACUACAAGCAGAUGUGUGAGGAGUACGAUCUACAUCCGCGCGAGAUCCCCGCGGCGACAUGGAUCUUCCUGGCGGCAGGCAUGAGCUUCCUGGCUCGCGACCGCGACCUGAGCCUGGAGAAGAUCCGCAGUGUGGGAUUCACGGAGGAGUACCCGGUGGCGUAUGGGUAUUUCCGGGUGUUUGAUCGACUGGCUCAGGAGAAAAUUAUUCUCAGCAAAGCGGCUUGGUCCAAGUAGG